AUGAAUAAAACACUAGAAAGAAAUGAAAAUGGAACUGUAAUGAUGAAUUUAAGAAAUCUAAAGAUUAUUUGUGAUAGAAAAGAUCUUUAUUAGAUUCCAGAGAAUAAUGAGACUCUUUAUUUGCACUAUUUAGGUAUAUCUGAAUUAUAUUGAUUAAGGAUUUGAUAAAAUUGAAAAUCUGGAACCUUAUAAAAAUUUAAUAGCAUUAUGGUUGAAUAACAAUGCAAUAGGUAAAAUUGAGAAUUUAGAUGAACUCACUUAACUUGUAAGUCUAUAUUUAAAUCAUAACCUAAUUCAAAAGAUUGAAAAUCUUUCAUUUCUGUCUAAUUUAUGUAUAUUAAACUUGAGUCAUAAUUCAAUUAAGAAAAUUGAAAACUUGUAAGCAUUAAAUAAACUCUAAAAUUUGAAUAUUUCAAAUAAUCAUUUAACAGGUUAUGAAUCAUUAGAAGGUUUAUUAGAAUGUUUAUCAAUUACUAAUUUAGAUUUAUCUAAUAAUUUUAUAUCUUAUUAAUAGUCUAUUGUAGAAUUGUUUGGAAAAACAAAUCUAGCUUGUUUAUAUUUAAAAGCUAAUUCUUUUGGUAUAAUAUUAAAUAAUAAAUUUUAGCAAGAGAAUGUUCAGAUUAUAGAAAGACAAUGAUAGUUACAAUUAAAAAUUUGAAAUAUCUUGAUGAUAAACCAGUUACUGAAGGAGAAAGAAAAAUUAGUGAAGCCUGGUAAAUUGGAGGUAAAGCAGCAGAAUAAUAAGAAAGACUUGCUCAAAUCGAAAAAAGAAAAGAAAUUAAUUAUCAAAACUAUCUAUAAACUUUAGAAAGACAAUAGAGAGGAGAAAUGAGAAGCAAUUUAUUGAUUUAAAAAGAGAACGUAUUAAGAGAAAUUGACUUAUUAUAAAUGUUAUUAAUUGAUGGUGAUGAUGUUUAAAAUUAAAUUGAAUAAAAAGAAAAGGAAUUAUAAAAUAUUGAAAUAGAAUUAGAGAAAUAUAAAAUAGAUUAAUUGUCACCUUAUAAAUGUAUGCUUACAACAAAGGACGAAUUUGGAAAUAUCAUAAUUUUAAAUAAAUCAGAAGAUGUAAUAAUUAUGUUUUAUAGAAAAGGAAUUAAAAUAAAUUAAGCAAAAGUAUUUUAAUGAAGACAUCCAAUAACUAAAUGAGACUGAUUUACCAGAUUUAGAAAAUUAAAAUUAAAGUGAGUCUAUUAAUGAAAAUUUGGAAGAUAACAAUAAUAUUAAUUUAGAUUAAUAAAAUAAUAAAAAUGAAUUUUAAGAAGAUAAAAAGAUAAAGAUUUUAAGGGAAUUUAAAGAUAAGAAAAAUGGAUGGACUACAGAUAAUGAAUAAUUACUUUAAAAUUUGUUGAUCUUUCAUUCAUUUGACUAUUAAAUUGUUAGCAAGGAGGUUAAACAAAAAAUGGAGGAAUAAAAUUCUUAAUUAUAAUACUUAGAUCCAGAAGAUAUUAAAUUAAUAUGGACAUAUAUUGAACUUACAAAAUAAAAAAAUCAAAAACCAUAAAAUCUAGAUGGAAUUGAUUGA